AUGGCUAGUCUUCUUCAUGAUUCAGAAGAGCAACGAUUUGUGGACAGAAUUCGUUGCACCACGUACCGUGAAAUACGCGAUAAAAUGAUUGCAACAACAGGGAGCUCAUCUAUUACUCGUCAAUGGAUUUCCAAAAAGCUCUGCCGUAGUGAAGAUUGGGUUAGACGACAUUGGAAUGACGCAAUCGAAGAGUAUUAUACACAAUUCGGACGUGGUCGACCUCAGGAACAUGGACAAUCUUGGGAUGGAGCCUAUUUUCGUGAAAUUAUUUUGCAACAACAUGUAAUUCCAUUUCUUCGUGAUCCAGCCAAUGUUCUUGACACAGAUGAAGUUAUAUUUCUUUAUGAUAAGGCACCCUGUAUGAAGGCCAAUGCAACACAGCAUCUUUUGGAAGAUGAGGCGAUGAAGUUCUGGGGGAAUUCAAUUUGGCCUGGCAAUAGUCCUGAUAUGAAUCCAGCAGAAAACAUUGGUGCAAUUAUCAAAGAUAAAGUUGAAGAAUUAAUGUCAAGUGAAGGUCGUCAAAACAGAUAUAAUUAUGAUAUUCUCAAAACUAACGUUGAGAAUAUACUCAAGGAUCUCGAAAAUGAUACGGAUCUUUUUAUUGAUCUGCUGUGUUCAAUGAGAAAAAGACUUGAUGCUCUCAAAGCUGCUGGAGGAGGACAUACAAAUUUUUAA